AUGGCGACUUUCCUUGUCUGCUCCGCACUCUACAGUUCUGUCAAAGCAGGGAAACAUCGGGCUUAUAGGACGUCGACAUUGCCAGGCAGAACUUCAUCUCAAGGCUCCCUAAACGCAGAUCGCGACGAGUAUGACCACUGGCUCUCGAACCCUGAUGCCAAAAACGAUGCACUGGUCACCGGCCCCCUCCAAUAUUGGUGGGAGAGACGAGAUGAUUAUCCGCGGCUGUCACGAAUGGCCCUCGACCUCCUUUCUACCCCUCCCAUGUCGGCAGAGUGUGAAAGACUGUUCAGCGUUACUGGACAAAUAAUGUUACCUCUACGGACUCGAUUGGAAGCCAGCACAAUUGGGAUUACGCAGACAUUGAGAUCCUGGGUGCGGAAUGGGCUAAUUGAAGCGGCCGACGCGUUAGUUGACGUGUCGGAAGAGGUUGUGGACAGUAUAAUAUGGGAUGGUGAGGAGGAAAGAAGUUAG